UUUCCAGACCCAAAAUUAGGUCUAUUUGUUUCCUGUUUGGGUUCGUUUAAUGGAAAUGCACAGGAAAGGAUUGCUCUAUUUAGUGUUUUUAGUUUAUACGGUAGCCAUGUUGCAACCAUAAUUUAUGGGGCAAUUAAAUUGCUCCUAAACGUAGGCGUUUACAUUUUAUAAAAUCCGAUUUGGUUUUUAGUAAAUUUUGAAUAAAUUUGAAUAAAAAAGCACGUGUGAAGUGUCGUAAGAAAUUAGUUACAUGUGUGUGGAAAAAAUGCUGUGUGUUACAAGUACCCUUCAAGAAAAAUGAUCCAGAUUUAAUAGAAAAACUGAAACAAGCCACCGCACUAAUUUAAAUGCAGUUUGUAAACGAUUUACGAAAUCUUACGAAACAAACCCAAAGAAAAUGCUUUCCUUUUAAGUAAAACGAUACUCGGAAGUGCCCUAAGGCUCCAAAUAACGGAAAUUGAUUAGAUUUUUUAUGCACAUGUUUACAAAAUGUCAUCAACGUGAAGAGUCAUUGAACUUAUUAGUGAAAUAAUUAGAAUUUUUUUGAGGAGAAUUUCUGGAAAAAGUGUUGAUAAAGGAUCACUCAUGACAGUUUCCUGUAAAAAAAGUCGGGUUUUUGGGAAAAUACAUGGGAAACGAAACUGGACGAGAUAUGGAGACUGAAUCCAUAAAAUCGGAAAACAGUUCAAGAUCGAGACGUUCAAGGGGGCACCGCGACCGGAAUAACUACAGACAGCAUUCACACAGAAGCACCAGAAGCUCAAAAUCUCGCAAAACUGACGAGAUGGCCCCCUUUCAAACCGCCGUGACCCUCACUCCCGACAACCGCGAUGGCCAGGAAGUCAUCGAGGUCCAAAUUCUCCCUCAGGACGACAACUGGGGCGAAAACACCACUGCCAUCACCGGGAACACUUCAGAACAGUCUCAAUCGACCGAAGACGUCAGUAACUGGCCCGGUGAACCCGAUACCGGUUUCUCCUUCGUCUGCCAAAGAUAUAUGGGGACCGUCCUAACUUACAUCCUUUCAAUAGUUGCCUUUUUGAGCCCUUUAGCCAUGGUCGUAUUGCCAAAAUUAGGGUUCUUCCCUGCACUUUCAUCCAGAUUAGGUCUUGCCGAUAGUGCGAAAUUGUUAGCAUGCGGGGCGGAAUGUAAAGGGCAAUUAGUGUCGUUAGCGUUCAAAAUGGCUAUUCUGGCAGUCGGUGCGUGGGCUGUGUUUUUGCGAAAGCCAAAUGCGACCCUACCGAGGUUUUUCCUGUUUAGGGCGGCCGUUUUGGCGUUUGUUUUAGUGUGUAUUUUUGCCUAUUGGUUGUUUUAUAUAGUCCAGGUGACUGAGACUGCUCGUGCUGCCACCACACCGGAAGAAACGGUUGAUUAUGAAGCCUUAGUCGCUUACGCUUUAAGUCUGACUGAUACUCUACUUUUUAUACAUUACUUAGCUGUAGUUUUAAUGGAAAUAAGGCAUUUACAACCUAUGUACUACAUAAAGGUAGUUCGGAGUCCAGAUGGCGCUAGUAGGGCCUACGCAAUUGGCCAGUUAAGCAUCCAACGAGCGGCUGUUUGGGUCUUGGAGAAGUAUUACACUGAGUUCCCUAUCUACAAUCCGUAUUUGGAGCGAAUCCCAGUGUCAAAAUCGCGAAAAAAUUCAUCAAGUUUCAAAUUCUACGAAGUAGACGGUGUUAACAAUUCCUCUUUGCAGCAAUCCCAAUCGCGUGCCAUGUUGGCAGCUCACGCCCGACGACGUGAUUCGAGUCACAACGAACGUUUCUACGAGGAACAUGAAUACGAAAGACGCGUUAAGAAACGCAGAGCACGACUUAUAACAGCCGCUGAAGAAGCGUUCACUCAUAUUAAACGCUUACAUAACGACCAAGUGCCUGCCAUCCCGAUGGACCCUCACGAGGCCGCUCAAGCCAUUUUUCCGUCUAUGGCACGAGCCCUCCAGAAAUAUCUGAGAGUGACGAGACAACAGCCGAGGCAUUCGGUUGAGUCAAUUUUGACACAUUUAGCCAAUUGUCUCAGCAAUGAUUUGACUCCGAAAGCGUUUUUGGAACAGUAUUUAGUGAGUGAGCCGGUCUUGCAAAAUGAUAAAGAAGUGAAAGAUGUGCAAACUUGGGCCUUGAUUUGCGAAGAGUUGUUGACGAGACCUAUUGGAGACAAUAUGAGUUUUCAAUUGAGACAAAAUGAUGUCUCUUUACUUUGCACGAUUAAAAAGAUUCCGCAUUUUAAUAUUACAGAAGAGGUUGUUGAUCCGAAGAGUAAUAAGUUUGUUUUGAGGCUGAACUCUGAGACUUCUGUAUGACCUAUAGUUUACGAUCGACUAAUUUAAGCACAUAUCGAUCUUUUUUGUAUUGUAUAACUCGUGGUAAAGCGGUUACUCUACUAUUCCUUAAAUAAUUAACGUUACAAUAAUAGGAUUUCGUAUUUGUGUAAUUUUGUAAAAACGAAUUGUAAGAGAUUAGCAAUAUUUAAUUUUUUCCCUGAUGUAAAUAAUUUUCCGUAGGUUGUGUACGACCAAAACGAACGAAAUUUUAUAUCAGAUGAUUAUUAUGUGAUAUUUUUGUUUGCAAUAAUUUUUAUUUCCGCUCAAAAUACUCGUUAUUAUAUUUAUUUUUUACUCAUUUUAUGAAUGCACAAAGUGUAAAUUAUAGCACAAAAUGAUUAUUGUAAGGCAGGUACUUAAGUAUAGUGUCAACUUUUUUCUGAUGUAUGUACAUUUAAGAGGUUUGAGUCCAAAUUUUUAGCAUGUUUGAAUUGCAAUCUUUUGGACUGUUUGUGCCUAAAAUUUGUAAGAUAUGUCAGUGCAAUUUUAUUCUGUAACUCUAGCUUUAUUUCAAAGGAUCAGUAUUCUAAAAAAUGACAUUAAAUGUAGCCUUUUAUAUCUCUUCGUGUAUGUACACCAAUCUGUGACAGUGUUUUGAAUAAAUGUACUAAUUUAUAAA